UUAUCCAAAAACAGAUUACGUUCCCAUAGAGACAUGUAUGUUUGCGCAGUUUUCUCAUGGAGAUGAUUUUGGUGUACAACUGCUAUGAUUCCUUAACAAUGUUAAUAGGUCAGAAUGAUGCUAGCAAGAUUCUCAGCAAUGAUGCCGCUUGUCCUAUCUGUGAUCAAGUUCUGUCUAAAAGUCUCAUGAAACCUGUGGACAUCAAUCCAGGCGAUGAAUGGAUAAAUAUGGUCAUGGCUGGAAUUACACCACAGAUAUUAAUGAAGAGUGCCUACAGAAGUGUGAUGUUCUACAUUGGGCAAAAGGAAUUGGAAAUGCAGUUCAAGAUGAACAAGAUAGUAGCUCAAUGCCGUCAGAAAUGUGAGAUGAUGCAGGAAAAAUUCUCUGAAAAGUUGGAGCAAGUACAUACUGCAUACCAGAAGGCGGCUAAAAAGUGCCAAAUGAUGGAACAAGAGAUUGAGAGCUUAUCUAAAGACAAGCAGGAAGAAAAGUUUGCUGAAAAAUCCAGGCAAAAAAGAAAACUUGAUGAAAUGUUUGAUCAGUUGAGAAAUGAAUAUGAUUCAGUAAAGCGCACAGCCAUUCAGCCAAGUAAUUUCUUUUCAAGACCAGAGCCUGAUUUGUUCGCAGAUCCUGCUAAUAUGAUGGAUAACAGAGAUAAUAUGGGAAAAGAUUGGUCGGUUCUCACUCCUGAAACUCCAGGACCAAGAGAAGACGCAUGGCCUCCAGCGAGACAGAAUAAUUCCAACUCUGGGCCUUUCAAUGUCUCGAGUGGCUCCCCUGUAAGACAGUCAGCGAUACCAGUGGAUGCUGGAAAUAGACGAGCAGGUGGACGUCCUAUGCUUGGCGUUGCAACUGGAGCAAGCAAUCCCUCAAUGACCCUUAGGAAUCUCAUCCUAUCACCAAUUAAGAAACCUCAACUCUCCCGCAACAGACCACAGAUGUUCACGUAA